UGUGAGGACAGGACGUGCGAAUGUGUGAGAGUGUGUGAGAGUGCUUGAAUGAAUGCACCACUGUUACCCAUCUCUAUCUCCAGCAUCAACAUCUUCAUCAUCCUCACCAUCAUCGUCUGAAGAGCAGAAACAGAAGGAGGAGGAGGAGGAGGAGAGAGAGACGGAGGGAGGAGGAUCUUCUCUCAGUCUGUAGAAGAUGGACAGGACGGAAGACGAGAUGGACGGUGGAGUAAAGCAAGUGUUAGUAGGUCGAGAGCGAGGGGGCGGGGCUAAAUCCUCCGGCGGCGGCGGCUCCUCCUCCCUCCCCCUGCAGCUGAGAGCGAUGGUCCGGAUCCGGAGUAAAUAUUUGCGACGGUCUAGCUCCUCCCACUCUGUCCCCCCAGAUAACUCCGCCCCCCCUCGACAGCAGCGAACUGCCAGCCCCCACCGCCGGAAGAGCCGCCGGAGAAAUCCCAAAGUGAUGUUCCCCAACGGCAAAAAGAUUUACCUUCCCAAAAAUAAAGAACAGAGCCGAGCCAAACCCUUCCUCAUCCUCUUCACCAUCGUCGUCUUCCUGCAGGUUUACAACGCCAUAGAGAACCUGGACGACCACCUCGAGAAGUACGACCUGGACGGUCUGGAGCGAGCGCUGCACAGGGAGGUCUUUGGCCAGCAGGAGGCGCUGGAGUUGCUGAUGUACCACUUGAGCGACUACCUGUCCACGUACGCCCACCAGCGCCCCCUAGCUCUGUCCGUGCACGGCACUCCUGGAGUGGGGAAAAGUCACCUGGGGCGUCUGCUCUCGCGCCACUUUCGCUCUGUGGUGGGCGACAGCCUGGUGGUGCAGUACUUUUCCCUGCACCAUUGCCCCCUGCAGGAGAGUCCGGAGAACUGCGCCAAAGAUCUCAUCCGCCGCGUUACGGAAAUGGUGAUCCAGGCUGAGGAGGAGGAGCGGAUACCCUUCAUCGUUCUGGAUGAGGUGGAGCUGAUGCAUCCCCCCCUGCUGGACGCCCUGCGGACCCUCCUGCAGCCCCAGCAGAACAACGAGUUUCUGAACAUCGUCUAUGUGUUCCUCAGCACGCUGGGGGAGGCGGAGAUCACGGAGUGCGCUCUGAAGAACGGUACCGUCUCUGGAGCAGAACGGCCGCUCCGGCAAACCCUGGCCAAGGCCCACCCACUGUGGGCGGAGCCUGAGGUGGAGCUUAUUCCUCUGGCCCUGCUGGAGCGGAGCCACGUGGUACAGUGCUUCCUCGAGGAAAUGACGGACGAAGGCUUCUACCCUGACUCCGCCCACGUGGAGAGACUGGCGGGGGAACUGGCCUAUCACAGGGCGGGAGGGAAAGAGUACGCGAAGACUGGCUGCAAACAGGUGGUGGCCAAGGUUAACCUACUGUGAACCUAAAGAAGAGAGAGAGAGAAAAAGUGGGAGGAGCCUGGAGACUGGGAGGAGGGACUAUGUAAGUCUGUACUUUUGGUACAUAGACUCACUAAGACAAAGACAAAAACCAAAAACAGAGACAGCAACGUCUAAAGAAUUCAUAUUAUGGAAAGAAAAUACUUUUUUUUUUGGUAAAAAUUA